AUGAAUGUAACAUCUGCUUACCUGAACGGAAUUCCAUCACCGGCUUUGCCGCAUGAAGAAGAAGAAGAUGCUUCUGUCAAUGAAUACAAAUACAUCUUACCAAUUAUUGUAUUUUUUGGUCUUUCCGGCAAUAUUAUAAGUCUUGUGACGAUAUUUCACAGCCGUCUACGUCGCGUUGGGGCAAAUGUUUAUCUCAUCGUUCUCACUAUAGCCGACAGCAGCUUUCUCCUUGGACUUCUCCUUGUUUGUGUUAAGGUUGAUUUUAUAAAUUAUUGGUAUUGUGUAGGGUUGGAAUAUGUUCUGAUGACCGCUUCAUAUGUCUCCAGUUGGGCGACGGCAUUCCUUACUAUUGAAAGGUACCUGGCGAUUGCUCAUCCUCUCAGACAUGUUCGGUAUGAUCAUGUUGAUCGUGUCAAAAUGGUAUCAUAUUGGGUUCCGAUACCUUUUCUUCUUCAAUUCUGGCAAUUCGUCAGCCUUGUUCCAAGUACUGAUGCUGAUAUGAGAGCAUGUACUUUGACAGAAGCGUCUUAUCAAAUUAUCGCUCAAGCAGUGGACACUUUGCUCUGUUAUGUUAUUCCUUGUUCUGUUAUCGUUGUUCUCAACAUCAUGGUAGCUUUGAAGUUGCGAAAUUCCACUCAUUUUGGUUGCGAGGAGAUAGCGGCCAAAGAAAAUUUGACUCGCCGACAAGGAGGAAGCCAUUCAAAUGGAACAUGGGCAACAAUUCUAUGGGUAAUGCCUUUGGUGUUCGUAGUGUUGAAUACACCGUUCUAUGCUAUUAUGAUGGUUGAGGUAGUCUUUCAAGUUAUUUAUGAAAAGGCAGCUAAUCAAUUGGACAGGUCCUAUUUAUUCGUGUUUAUAUAUAACACCGCUCAUUAUAUGUAUUAUUUAAAUUCGGCUAUUGAUGUUGUCGUAUAUGCUUUCUCGAGUGCCAACUUCCGCAAAACUGCUAUCAUAGCUUGGAGACGGAUCAUCUGUCCAGGAUACUUAGAGAACACGAAGAGUAAGCUAGCACCUAAAGCUGUGGGACAAACUGUUUUAACAACCUAUCGAGCAGUAACAUUUCCAAAAAAUUCAAAUGAACUAUUCAAUCAAAAACUGAAUGCAGCCGGCAUCACAGAGCAUUCAACGGUUUCAAGAAGUAGCUAUCGAACUGGACAUAAUGCUGUCAUGUCUUCAUCUAGAAAAGGAAGUAGAGAUAUACGUCAUGAAAAUGAUAAUUCUUAUAAUUCAAAACGAUCAUCAGUCUUGAUUCCAUUAAACACUCAAGUUACUUAUGUCGAAACGACAACAAUCUAA